AUGAAAGUUAGUCAUGUGAAUACUAUUGUAACAGCGACUGAAAAUGGUGGCAAUUUCGGUGAUAGGUCAACAUGGGUAAACGGUUUAGUACCAGGCAGUGGUUGUAUUGUCGUUAUUCCAUUUGGUUCGAUUGUAACCUUUACUGUUGCUGGGCUAAAUGUAAAGGUCCUCCGAUUCAUUAUUGAGGGAACCUUGGUUUUCCCGGCCUCGUUCACAUUCAGUUUUUCGAUUAGCAUUAUUCUUUAUGGAAUAUGUAGGGGCAGCACAACAUUAACAUUUGGCACUAAUUCGGCGUUGUACAUCUAUUCCGGUGGUUCAUUUCAAGGAUCAACAAUUAACUGUUUAACAAACCAGUAUUCGAUUGGUACACGAAAUGGACCAUUUACUGUGACGAUCGAUACGUCGGGUAAAAUAGCGUCAUAUAAAAUUGCUGAAAGUGGACAGUUUGACUCGCCACAAAGUUGGUGCGGUGGUUACUUACCAACACCAAGUGCCUGUCCCGUUUGCGAUUUAAUGAUACCCCCCGCAUUUACACUCAACACGGGUAGUUUAACUACGCUCUUAAUUAAUUUUGGUAAUAUGUAUAUUUUUGGUGGUUUUACGGUUGGUGUGUCGGGUGUAGCAUUCCGAUUCUCAUCUGCAUGUUCAUUUUAUGUUCAUGAGACCGGAAUAUUUCAGGACGGCACGAAUGGGCUGGGAUUGUAUUUCUUUUUCAAAUCAUAUAUAAUUUUAUCACCGGGAGGCAAAUUAUCAAAGACAACGAUUUAUACGUACGGAACGAACGGUGCUGCGGGAGUCACCGAACAAUACACGUCAGAUAGCAUCGGUCCAUUUUCAUAUGAAAUUUCUGCCAGUGGAACAAUCACAACUUAUAACUCUGUUAUCACAGUAUCGACUACGCCAGCACAGCCAGGACAAGUGUCAUCAUCGACUACUAACCAGUGCUUUGCAUUAUCAACACCAUGUUCUACAGGUGAUCAAUGUUGUAGUGGACAAUGCGAACAAGCAUGUAAUCAUGACGAAGAAGGAAGUUGUCCAAAAACUUGUCAAAUUACAAGCACUAAAGGUACUUCAGAGACACGAUUUACAAUCUUCAUUUUAUAG